UGACUGUUUCAGGUUUUGUGUGUAUUCCACAGAAACAUGGCGGAUGACGAGUUAGAAGCUUUGAGAGCCCAAAGAAUGGCACAGUUACAGUCCCAAUAUGGGGGCGGUGCUGGACAGCCGAGUCAGGAGGAGCGGGAGGAGAAGGCCCAACAGAUGAAGGAGAUGAAGAAUUCCAUCCUUAGUCAGGUCCUUGAUCAGGAGGCCAGAGCACGAUUAAACACAAUAGCUCUUGCUAAACCAGAAAAAGCGCAAAGGGUGGAAAACAUGCUUUGUCAGAUGGCACAGACAGGACAAAUUCAGAAUAAGAUUGGGGAGCAGCAACUGAAAAGUUUGUUGGAAAGGGUUUCUGAACAAACAUCAAAGAAGACUACAGUAAAGUUUAAGCGGAGAGGAUUGGAUGAUUCGGAUGAAGACUAGAGUACAUGCUGUUAACGACUGGAUGCUGGGCUGUAGUGCUGAAUGAAUCCAUGUGUCAGACUUGAUUUACCUGUGUGCUUUAUAAGUGAUGUACAUUCUGUGCUUGUUAUUCUAGUGUGUAAGGCUUCUGAGAACUUACAUGUAGCGCCCCAGAUUGGGAAAAGUAUCUCGGACUCUCCGAUCUUACAGCCUACCUGUCCACAUUAAAGCUGGAAGGACUCGUGUGAUAUCACAACCCCUGUCAGUUGUCAUCAGUUAGUCUUUUUUAUCCUAAUGAAUCAUAGUGAUCUAAAUUUCAUUAUAUUAUAAAGUGAAUAAAUUAUUUAUUAUUUCA